AUGCCCAUCUCUAUUCUUGAUGCGGAGACACUUCGCCAAAAUUGUCCCGAAGAUAAAUCUCUGUUUUCGGCUUUUCAGUGUCUGCAUGAUGAGCUAGUCAAGUGCAUCCCCUCCAUGAUCAAUGUUCUGUUGCGAGGCGGCAACGAUUCCAACAGAAGCCAAGAAGUCGCCAACUUCCUUUACAAGGAUCCUAUAAUCGAGGUAGAGAGUCUUUUAAAACCACUUGUGGUUGCAGAAAACAACUUGAAACGUUGUAGGCGAGACUUGCAAGAGAAUAGUGCAGCGACUACUGCCACAAAACUGCACCUUCUGAGCGAUAUUCUUGACCAGGGCGUGACCUCAUUGCAUAAAAGCCUCGAUGGUGUUAAAGAGCACGUCACAGCGACAGCGAACCAGAAUAAUAAGCAGAUGGAUGCCCGUCAGAAGCAAUUCUUACAGGCCUUUCAAGAAGGACUCUAUAAGAUCCCGGCCUCGAUUAUGACGCAAAUCAAUACCUCGAUUUAUGUUGUCGUUCAGGACGCAAUUCGAGGUGCAAGCCCACGCCCAGUAGUGGAAUUGGAUUCAUCCUCUGGAAAUUUCGCAAUAGCUUACGUGGCCCCAACGACCUGA